GUCAGUUUCACGCAUGCACUGCUAAGAAAAAGUGAUGCACAUUUUGUUGCAAUUUUUAAUAAUAACUUAAAUUUUAAGACGUUUUAUGCCAUGGCGUCAGAACAAUCAACCGACUCGAAUAUGGUUCUACAAUAUCCGGUCACCGUGAAAGAGGAACCACAAUCUUUGCCAAAAGACGACAAUCGCAUCCCAGCCAUCUACAGCGGAACGGUGGUGACCAAGGAGGAACUUAUACUGGAAGAUGACUACCUAGACAACGAGGAGGAUGAGGAUAUGGAGGUGGACUCCCAAACCGAAUCUUUCGGCGAAGGAUUCAGGUGCAACAUAUGUCAGGAGACGUUCCUGGAUCAAGAAAUGCUAUCACAGCACUUGCUAAUUCUCUGUGAUAAGCAGUACGAGCGUUUCAUAGACGUUGAACUGUUGAAUAAGGAUGGGGUGAUAAAAUGUACCAAGUGUAGAAAACCUUUCAAAGUGUUUACGGCAGCUCGGUUUCACUUUGAAAACCACAUGACGUUGGAAAAGUUUAGAUACGAGUGCGACGUGUGUUAUUUGGGAUUUGGCACAAAAGCCAUUUAUUUGAAGCACAUGAUGACUCACAAGAAGAAUGUCGAACUGUCCCUUCUGAAGUAUCAGUGCCAUCAUUGCGACGAAGUUUACACGGAUCGAGCAACGUUUAGGGAACAUCUGGAAAGACAUGAGUCUCUUAACGCGGGCAAAUACAAAUGCGAAACUUGUUCAUCGUUCUACACCACCAAAAGCGAUCUGAAAAGACACGAACUGAGCUUUCACAAGAAGUUGUCCGCGAUCUGCCGCGAUGCCUGCGAGGAGUCGCCGGAUGUGCCGCUGCACUGCAAACGGUGUGACAUCCAGUUCGAUUCGAAGAAGGCGUUCAACGCGCACAUUCGGUGGCUCCAAACCAAUGACGAACGGCUCCAAAAGACGGCUAAAGAUUCGGCAUCUGCCGAGCCGAUGGCAGUCGAGGUCAGCUCGUUAAAUUUCCAAUGCACCAAAUGCGACAAACGAUUUGAAACUGCAGAAGCUCUUAAGAAGCAUGCAAAAACUCACAGCAUAUACAUUAAUAAGUCGGGAAUGCUGGUUAUGGUCAGCGAACGCGAGUACAAAUGUACCCAAUGUGAUAAAAUAUUCAACAACAAGGUUUCGGCAAGUGAACACGUCCGUAAUCACCUUGUCCGGUUAAAGGGAACGUAUCAGUGUAAAACAUGCAAAUUGCGGUGCAUUUCUGAGCGUCGUUUGAGGAUCCACAUGAAAAUGCACGAAAAAGCUCAAAGUUUAUCAAAAAAACGUGACGAGAUGACAUCGGAACAACCCGUCGAUAAGGUUCAAGCUUCCGUUGUGGUGAAGCAAGAACCGCAGACAACCGUCGAAGUCUCUGUAAAGGAAGAACCGGAUGCCGUUGUAGUGAAGGCCGAACCGCUCGAACCGGAAGCCAGCUCGAUAAAGGAAGAAUUCAUCAUCGAAGAAAUCUCCCAAGAGGAACCGGUUCAACCAUCAACGGAUGGCCACUUGGAGUGUACUCAGUGCGGUCGCAAAUUUUCGAAGCAGCAUUUGCUGCAAAAUCACAUACGAGACCAUAGGAACUUGGAGACGGAGCGGUACAAGUGUGAAGUGUGCGGGAAGUGCUUCCCGAAGAAAGGCAAUCUCGAUAUACACAAAAAGAUUCACAAAAGAGGAACUCGCUAUGAAUGCCAGACAUGCCACGAGAAAUUCACCAACCACAUGGGUCUGAUGAAGCACGAACGGGUCCAUGAGAUGGACCCCAAGUACGUGGAACUCCUGGACAACAUACCACAGGACGAGACCGGAAACUGGCGCUGCGUCAUGUGCGAAGCGAAAUUUCCGCUUCGAACAGCUGCGUAUGGGCAUUUAAGGAGGCACAUUAGUAGAUUAGAGGACACAUUUUUGUGCAAAAUAUGUGGUCUGCGAUGUACCAGAAAGUCAACGUAUAGAGCGCACAUGCAAAUGCACGAGAGCUGGAACGAGCUGGCGGAGCAGCCGCCCGACAAUGCAGGUGAAAGCGAAGGGGAGCUGCCCAAUCCGGACGUUGUUUGCGAGAAGGGCGAGGUGCCACUGCACUGCAAAACUUGCGACAAGUUUUUCCUCACGAAACGUGACCUGCACGUGCACGUGCAGAAAUCGGAGAUUCGCUUUCUAAAGUUGAAGUUAGCUGCCGAAAAAGGAAUCAAAGUCGACGAUAAAGAAUCGAAAUCGAACAAGAUCAGUGAUUUGAUUUAGAAACUUGUUUGAAAGCGGUCCAACCAGUCAAACAGAAGAGCAAUAAAAGCUGAUAACUUGCGUAAGUGACAAGACUGACAAGCGUUUCAAUAAGAAGUUAUUGAA